CCACUUCUCAGAGCAUCCGGCAACCAGAAGUGGCAUCCGUGCUGCUCCGGAAGCGGUUGGCUGGCGAAACGUGCGGCCAUGGCUGCUGCUUUCAAGAAAGCAGCCAAGGCGGGCCAGCGCGAGCAUCGAGAGCGAGCUCAGCUUGGUUCUCGGAAGCAUCUGGGGAUUCUUGAAAAGAAGAAAGAUUACAAACUCCGCGCUGAUGACUACCACAAAAAGCAGAAUGCCCUCCAGGCACUUCGAAAAAAAGCCCUGGAGAAGAACCCAGAUGAGUUCUAUUUCAGAAUGACCCGUGUACAGCUUGAGGAUGGAGUUCACGUGAUUAAGCAGCAGGAGGAAGAAAGGACGCUGGAACAGCAGAAGCUGAUGAAGACGCAAGACUUGAAAUACAUUGAAAUGAAGCGAGUAGCUGAAGCCAAGAAAAUAGAAAGGCUGAAGUCGGAGCUCCACCUUCUGGAAGCAGAGGGAAAGCAGCCCAACAAACACACUUUCUUUUUUGAUUCCAGGGAAGAAGUGCAGAGAUUUGACCCUGCCACCCACCUGAACACAGCCCCGGAGUUGUUGGGAAGAGUGUACAACCGACCUACCCUUGAAACACUGCAGAAGAAAAGCAUCCAGGGGACCACUCAGCCUGGCGAAUUACAGAAAUUGGCCAGACAGAGGAGGAACCGGUAUAACCUGCUGAUGCAGCGAAUAGAGAGGGAGCGGAAGAUGUUUGUUAUUGCCCAGAAGCUCCAGACGCGGAAAGACCUCUUGGACAAAACUCAGAAAGUUAAGAUGAAGAAAGAGACAGCAAACCGGGCAGCUGUUUACAAAUUCGAGUUCAGACGGAAACGAUGACCAGUUCUUUCCAUAGAAGCAUGAGGGAUAUGGCUGCUGGCUGUCUGUGACUUAGCGGGGGGUCCCACCCCACACGUGUUAAAAAGGGAGACUGUGUGAAUGCCUCUUGGGAACAACAUUGCCCUGUAUCAACUACUUUUCAAUAAACCCGGCAGGAUUCAUUGUAACACUAA